AUGUUCGGCAUAGUCCCAGGUAUCAUGAAUGGCCAGUUCCAGAACAUUUUAGUGAAGGAGCUGAGUGAGAAGGAAGCCUCGCUGUCCGGCCUGCAGAAGGAGUUGAGCGAGAAGGAAGCCCGGCUGUCCGGCCUGCAGAAGGAGCUGAGUGAGAAGGAAGCCUCGCUGUCCGGCCUGCAGAAGGAGUUGAGCGAGAAGGAAGCCCGGCUGUCCGGCCUGCAGAAGGAGCUGAGUGAGAAGGAAGCCUCGCUGUCCGGCCUGCAGAAGGAGUUGAGCGAGAAGGAAGCCCGGCUGUCCGGCCUGCAGAAGGAGCUGAGUGAGAAGGAAGCCUCGCUGUCCGGCCUGCAGAAGGAGUUGAGCGAGAAGGAAGCCCGGCUGUCCGUCCUGCAGAAGGAGCUGAGUGAGAAGGAAGCCUCGCUGUCCGGCCUGCAGAAGGAGCUGAGCGAGAAGGAAGCCGCGGUGAGCACGCUGGAGAGCCGCCUGAAGGAGAAGGAUCUCUCCAUCGCCGAGAGGGAGGCGGCGCUAGAGGGCGCUGUAGCGAGACUUGCCGAGGCGGAGAGGGAGCUGUCUCUGCUGCGAGAGAAAGCAGAGACCCCCGGAGAAGGCGAGCGAGGCAACCAUCUCAUUGAGGCAGAGCAGGUAGAGCUCGAGUUCAUCAAGGCCGAAGCGAUGACCCUCGAGACGAAACUCCUCAACUGGAAGAGACGCCGACGCCGCCCUGGUAGCGCGCGGGGUUGA